AUGGGCGACGAGGACACUGGCCUUGUCAAUAAGUUCGGCCAACCCGAUGGGUGGGACUCUGACAAGACAGUUGACGACAACUCAAAUGACAGGAGGAAAGACAUGGAAAUAGACGGCGAACUUGAUUCUGGUGACGAUCGCACCCACGACGACGACGACGACGACAAGGGCGAGGUGGAGGAGGAUGACGAGGAUACUGACGAAUCAACCAAGGAUUCUGUCAUUCUUGUGGAAAGUACUUACAAGCUUACGGAUACUGCAAACAACAAAGACACCAACAACAUGGGCCUGAAUACAGAUGAGCCAGUUUCCGAACUGACCGUUGUUACUGGUGACGACAAGGACCCUGAAUUGACAUCUCCGCCGAGGAAGAAGGGACGGUCCCACAGGGUUUCGGUGGUCGCUCCGUCUACAGAAAUGGAUGUGGACGGGAGCUCUUUGAGUGAACCCAGUGCUAAACGUACACAUUCAGCGUCUGCUUCACAAUCAACCACACCAACUUCACAAAAAACGGACACCACUUCCAUGACACAAAGCUCUAAGGCCAAACGAAGACUACAACACAGCUUGACAUUGGAAGAACGCCUAGAUGGGCUGCGACAAGUCAACUUGGACAGCAUGGACGGUCAGGCUAUCCUGGUUGAACUGGGAAUGGCGUACAGCUUUCAAGGUCAACAAGGGGGGAAUACGACCCAUGCCUCUAUCAUCUUGAACCAUAUUCUGGAUACGCUGGCAGACGUCCUAAAGCACGCGGAGGAGAAGAUUCGCUUUCUCCCCUUGUCUGACAGCGCUUACAAGAAGUCUAAGCAGUGGAUCCGAACAGAAGCGGAUCUUUGA